GAAUCAAGGCUGCACUACAAUCUGAUACUGAAACAUGGGAAACGUUACGCGAAGCGAUCGAAGUUAUCAAGAGAGAGCUCGCCAAAGCCAGAGAACUUUUAAAGAGUGUAACACGAGAUCGAUCCUCCUUGCUUGCUACUAGUAAUCAUUGCCCCUCCCCCCCUUUGGUUUCAGCUGUUUCGAAUCAUCACUGAACUACUACGCCUUCUAUUGGACGCCGUAAGGCCGAUGGUUGUGAACGUUUUAGACACAUCGGCAUCCAUUAUCAAUGAGGGUAUCCUUACUUCAGAGGCCCGCAGUUGUUCCACUUUAUGGGACUGGAUCAAAUGGAUGGGUAAAGUUGUGCUAAAUCUAGUUAUCUACGUCGCUCCUCCAGUUACCGUGCUAUUUGUACUUAGGCCCUUGCACCACAAUGGCUACUAUUGGCUGCAGCUGUUAUCGCGAUCGCGAAAGCUUGGAGAGGUUGAGAGGCCGGCUCGAUCCCGAUUUUCGCGCAAGCGCAAGCGCUCGCCGCCGUCACUCCUGGAAUGGCUAAAAGAGGUGAAGAUAAGGCCAGACACUUUGCAUGGGAUGGACUGCGAAAAAAAGACGGGGGGACGGGGGGAGGGGUUCGGAAGGUGUCACUCACGUCGAACUCAGGAGGACGGUUUCAGGAGUACUGAUUUUGACCAUCGCGUGCGCGUUGAUCGCACACAAUGACACUGCGCAGUACUUAAUGCAAUGAUCCAUUUAUAAAGGAGAAAUCUCCUUUGCUCAUUAAAAAUCGCAAAGGGCUAGUACU